ACAACAGGCAUGCAAGGAGUGCUGUUUCUGUGCAUUGUUGCACUAACUGCAGCUGAGACAAUAGAGGAGAAGAAACACCUUCCUCAUCAGAACCAUGAAGAUGUUCUCAGAAAGUUACAAGAAAACCCAAAAAAUCCAUCCCACACUAUGAAGGAACAUCAUAAGUCCCAAGUUAAAUCGUUUUCAGUUGAAAGGGGAAUUGAACCAAAAUAUCUUGACUGCCAAGAAAUUUUUGAGAAGAAUUCCACGGCCUCUAAUGGAGAAUAUACCAUCUUUACUGAUCCAACAAAGCCUGGAAAGAAGGUGUACUGUGACAUGAGUAACAAAGGCUGGACACUGAUACUACAACGUAAAAUGGAAAAAGACAUCAUCUUCCACCAGGAUUUUCAAAUGUAUGAAAAUGGAUUUGGUGACAUAAGGAAUUCCUACUGGCUUGGUAAUGAGUUUGUGCAUCAACUUACGAAAAAAAAUAAGUACUUGUUACGUGUUGUAUUCCGCACAGCUGAUGGCAAAUUCCCUUUUGCUGAGUAUGAUUACUUUAAGCUGGAAGAUGCCAGUCUGCACUAUGCUAUUAGAUUGGGUUCCUAUACUGCAAGUACUGCAGAGGAUGGCUUUUCCUCUCCUGUGCUGGAGAAUAAAGUCGAUAACCAGCCUUUUAGCACCAGCGAUAAAGAUAACGAUCUGUCUCCAGCUAACUGUGCCGCUGCCUUCAAGACUGGCUGGUGGUUUGCUGAUUGCCAUUCCUCCAUUUUGACACUGCCAGGUUAUAUCAAAUGGCAGGGCACAUGUGACAGUGAGACACAAAUAUGCCCAUAUGUGAAAAUGAUGAUUAGAAGAAACCCAGUCUAGAAAGACAACAAAGGAAAAAAAAACUUCCUAGCAAAAGAGCUGAUAUAAAUAUAAUGCUCCAUUAAAAAACAUAAAAGCAGUUUUUAAUACUUUUCAGAUGUACAUUGUAAGGGUACUGUACAGAAUGGAAGCAGUUUUAACUAUCAUCCUGACAGGAGCUGGAACUAUAGUUAACUCAUUUUAUUAAUAAUAAUAAUAAUAAUAAUAAUAACAACAAUAAUGACACAAGAUUGAC